AUGAUGAUGAAUAAAUUUCAGCUGUCAACUGUUGAGGUAUCACCAAAACAGAACGACUGUACACCAUACCGAUCAUCAGUUGCUGGCGAUAUUAAGUUGUUGAUCACAUCUCCACCAGAGAUCAAAGAAACUCCGAAACGACCACUGCGGAAAGAACGAACUUCACAAGCUUUACAUUUUGAUGAGAGACUAUCUGAAUGGAUAUACCCAGUUGAUGAUAUUCUGUUAAAACAACUCGAACAAGUUGCAUAUUUCUUCAAAAAUACUCAUCGGUUUGUAUCUGUCUGUAUUCGUAUCGUUAAUGCUAUAAAACUUUUUACAUAUCUGACUGUAUCCAAUGUAUUUAAAGCGGUUGUUUUGCAGUCUUAUUUUUUAUUCAAUUUUAGGGAGUUUAUCUUGAAAUGCCUAUUAUCACAACCGGAAGGUGCAUUCAUAUUACGUUUUUCGGAAUCUAAACGUCGAUGUCUGGCGCUUAGUGUUCGUGUACCGUUUACACAUAAUCCAACUGGUGUUUCGCACUAUUUGAUCAUUCGAAACGAAAACGGUUUUAAAAUUAAGGGUUUCAACAAAUAUUUUCCAUCAAUACCAAUGUUAAUAACCCAUCAUACGGUGAUGCCCGAGCAGUUACCAUGUCGACUGUUGUUCGCUGACUGGGAUCGUAUGGCAGUGAAAGAUGGUUGUUAUAAUAAUUAUGAUUAUCCGCCAUGUGACGAUGACAGUUCAAGUAACAAUAGUGCACACAGCUAA